AUGAAUCCCUGCAUAAUUUAUAUCGAGUCUCCGGAUGUAGAGAAAGAAGUCAAGCGCCUUCUCAGCACAGAUGCCGAAGCCGUCAGUGUCCGCUGGGAAGUGAUUGCCGAAGAUGAAACAAAGGAAGCCGAGAAUCAUGGGGUACUUACAGGCCUGGAUAUUUCUUCUCCUGGCAUGACCGGGCAUAAGCAAGGCCAUGGAUCUUCAGCAGAACGUGACGAACUCCGGGAGUUGUUCAAUGAAAUUAGCAGCAGCAGCAGCGACGAAGACGAGAGGGAUCAUCACGACGAUGAAGAUCUGAACGUGAUGGAUACGGAGGAAGACUUGGAGAGGAGGCUGCAGGGCAAGCUGAACGAAUCCAGCUCCCAGCAGCAAGAGAACGAAGGAAGCAGCCAAAUCGCCAUUGGAAUCCAAAAGCAAAUCGACAACCUGAAGGGCAAGCUGCAGGAGACUCAGGAGCGCAGGAAACGCCAAGAAGACCUCAUCAUGAAAGUGGAGAACCUGGCACUCAAGACGCGCCUCCAAGCUGUGUUGGAUGAGUUCAAACAACAGGAAGAUCGAGAGAAGCAGCAGCUGACAUCUCUUCAAGAGCAGCUAGAAGCGCUGAUGGAAAAAUGAACCGAUAAAACUCCUGAGAAACUCAGGUGUCGACAAAGAAGUUCCUUUUUUGGUGCCGCGGCCUGCAGAUUCUUCAGGGGAGACUCAACAUAACUUCUGAGCCGAUGAGCAAAUCCCUUGCAGAAAUCUGGAGAAACAUCUAGCCAGGCCCCAGGAGUUGUGGCUUACAAAUACCACAGGUAGAACAUUGCAGAAAACGUGAAUGUUUUGGAAAGAAUAGAAUUUCCUGGAAGAUAGCCACAAAAACAGUGUUCAUUGCUGAGAGCAAAAUUCACUUCAGGACAAUCUUUGGUUCUUUUCCAGCUCUGCAUCUUGUUUGUUUUCUGAUGAGCCAGUGUUGCAAUGUUUUAAGUAGCAUGAAAUCCAUUCUUUCUGGCAUGAGGGAUGAUAAACACUCUGCAUCUUUGUAAAUACUGAUGGUGAGAGAAAAAUAGUUUGCCUCCUAACAUUCCCCUUUACACAUUCUUCUUUUUGUCUUCAAGAGUGUUGUGAAAUAAAAACAAAGUUUUCCG